AGCCCCAAUGAACAGCAGCCGGGUCUUCUUUCAGACCGACACACACACACGCUGACACACACCACGCUCCACAUCCCACACACACAAAUGCCAGGACACUCAUACACAUGCAAUCCAAUAACGAGAGCACCGCCAGUCCGAGCUGCCUGCCGCUGCCGGUGGCAGCCCUCACCGCUUCUCCGAGCCACAGAGCCGAGAGCCCGCUGUGACAGGAGCUCCUGCUGCCUUCCUCACACAAAGGACAGGAGAGCAGAGAGCACAGAGCCGGACUCCUCAUCUGGGAGGCGGUAGAUAAUUCAACAGCAGUGCUGCGAGGAGGAGAGACAGACAGGAGGGAAGGUGAGUGAAUGCAGUCCAGUCCAGCUGCUGUUGCUGCUGCCGCUGCUGCUGGAGGAGGAGGAGGAGGAGGAGGAGGAAGCUCAGUGUCUGGAGAGGCUGAAGGAGCAACAUUAUCUUGCACAGACCCACAGUCAGAGCAGACGGCCAGCAGCGAUCAGAGCACCUCCAGGCUUGCAGAUGUGGAAGGAGAGCUGUGCAAGUUCUAGUCCUGGGUGUCUGGCCCAGUGAUUCAGGAGCAGGGGGAAGCAGUGGAAAGCAGGGCCAUGAGGGCGAGCCUGGGCCAAGAUAUAGGCUGGCUCCUGCCUUUCCUGUUCUUGCUACUGAUGAUCACAGUGUCACCCACCCAGGGGCAAGGUUGUCCCCAGCGUUGUGAGUGCAUUGCAAAACACAAGACUGUUUCCUGUUACGGUAAACGCCUGUCCGCCCUCCCAGAUGGCAUCCCGCUGGACACCAAGAUCCUGGACCUGAGUGGGAAUAAACUUCGCUGGGUAGAGCACGGGGACAUGCUUCCAUACUCACGUCUUGAGAAGCUGGACCUGAGCGAGAACAUGAUCAGUGUCCUGGAACCGAACGCCUUUUCUAGUCUCCAGAACCUGCAGUCACUUUCACUGAGGGGUAACCAAUUAAAACUGGUCCCCAUGGGGGCUUUCUCUCGUCUCUCCAACCUAACAACAUUGGACCUCAGUGGGAAUAAGAUUGUAAUUCUUUUAGACUUUACUUUCCAAGACUUAAAAAGUCUGAAAAACCUUGAGGUUGGAGACAAUGAUCUAGUUUAUAUUUCCAACAAGGCUUUUUUGGGUUUAGUGGGGCUGAAGGAGCUGACCAUCGAGAGGUGCAAUCUGACGUCUGUGUCCAGCCAGUCUUUGUCCUACCUGCAUAACCUGGUGACUCUGCGGCUCCGCUACCUCAGUAUCUCUGCUUUGGAGGACCAGAACUUCCGUAAGCUGGGGAACCUGAGGGGCCUCGAGAUCGACCACUGGCCCUUUUUGGAGCACAUUUCCCCUCACAGCCUGCAGGGUCUUAACUUGUCUUGGCUGUCUAUCACCCACACUAACAUCACCUCUGUGCCCACCUCUGCCCUACGCAGUCUGGCUCACCUCACAAGCCUCAACCUGUCCUACAACCCUAUCUCUGUGCUGGAGUCCUGGGCGCUGCGGGACCUUGUCAGGCUGAAGGAGCUGCACCUGGUCAACACAAACCUGAUGGUAGUGCAGCCAUAUGCACUGGGUGGUCUAAGGCAAAUCCGCCUCCUUAACCUCUCCACUAACAGCCUGGUGUCCCUGGAAGAGGGAGCCUUUCAGUCUGUCAACACUCUGGAGACGCUGCGCUUGGAUGGGAACCCUCUGGCCUGCGACUGCCGCUUGCUAUGGAUCCUACAGCGCAGGAAGACCCUCAAUUUUGACGGCGCCUCCCCAGUGUGCAUGACGCCGGUGGAGGUGCAGGGACGAGCUCUUAACGCUUUCUCUGACUCAGCUCUCUUUGAUCACUUUACCUGCCAGAAGCCCAAAAUCCGCAACAGGAAACUGCAGCAGGUAUCAGCCCGCGAGGGGCAGGUUGUGUCAUUCAUUUGCAGAGCAGAAGGCGAGCCGACACCAGUUAUAUUCUGGAUCUCUCCUCAACGCCGCCGCAUCACCACAAAGAGCAGCGGACGCCUGACUGUGUUGCCAGAGGGCACGUUAGAAAUUCGGUACGCUCAGGUGACAGACAGUGGAACCUACAUCUGCAUAGCCAGCAAUGCUGGUGGAAAUGACACCUAUUUUGCCACACUUACAGUUAGCGGGCUGCCACUAGAUGCAGCCCUAAUGGCCAACCGCACAUACUAUGCUGGGGACCUUAAUGACACAAAUCUGAAUGACACCAGAGUCUUCCUGAAGUUUACUCUGGACCUCAAAACCAUCCUCAUAUCCACAGCUAUGGGCUGUAUCAUGUUCCUGGGGGUAGUUCUCUUCUGUUUCAUUCUGCUGUUUGUGUGGAGUCGAGGAAGAGGGCAGCACAAGAACAAUUUUUCAGUGGAGUAUUCCUUCAGAAAGGUGGAUGGACCCGCUGCCAGCGGAGGACAGGGUGGGGCACGCAAGUUCAACAUGAAAAUGAUUUGAUUAUUCGGAUCUGUUCCUCUCAUUAGUAUUCUUCCACUGAUUCUGUUUACAAGCAGUCUCAAGCUAAAGGGACGAGACGCUGGAGUGGAGCUUUGUGCUCGCAGAACAUUAAAUACAGUUAUUUAUAGGACAUUUUAUCUAGACAAGGUUUUGUUAUUGAAGCUACUGUAUAUAUGAGGAAAAAGGAAAUCUGCAUGGAUUUGAUACAUUUCUAUCGCUUUGUUGUGUGUUCACAUUAUUGUGCAGAGGAAACGUGGAUUGUAAAGGUAUAAAGAUGUCUCAGAAUCUUGAAUAGACUGUUAAAAGACCAAGCAACAAAAGCACUCACAGUCCCAGCAGUCUUUAACCUCGACAAAACUCUUGCCAACUCCGUCCUUCUUCCCGACAAGGAACUCCGUCCUCUUCAUCUUUAAAGGACGUCACCUCUCGGCUCCAUCUGAGGUGAUUCAAGCUCUCUAUCUCUAAACUCAUGAAUACAUUACAACAGGGUGGUGCUCAGUGAAUGCCAAGGACUUGCCAAUAUGUAUUUGAAUAGUUCCAGCUAUAUACUGCAUAUUUAGACUUAUUUACAGUCAGGACUUUAGAGCACUAUUGUGACAGACAUAUAGAGGCUCUGCUUUUUUUUUCUGAUGGUGGAUUUGUACAGAAUACAUUAGACACCAAGAGACUCUGCAACACUGCCAAUUUGACCGUAAAGCACCAUGUAAUGUGGUAGAGAGAACCUGCUUCUCAUUGGAUACCACUAAAAGUUGGUCAAAGCCGUUUUAAACAGGACUCUACAGGAUAAGCUACAAUUAGAGGACCCAAUGCACAUUCAUGUGGUGACAAAUCAGUUCACGCAGACGCACCCUUCGCUAGUUUACCAUUGUUUAUUCACACACUGCAAAAGACGUACCCCCCUGAUCUGAAACGAACUGUGUAAAAGACGAAGGCGUGUACAGAGUUGGCUUCUUACUUUAAAUAAGGUGUAUUAUUUGUAAAUUGGGGUGCAUUCAUCCCACAGUUGACUAGCUCAUACUGUAUAGGUAGGAUAUACACUGUAUAAGAUGUAUUAUAUAUUUUGUAAUCAUCGACAUUGAAAUCCUUGUGGUUGUUUAUAGUACUGUUGAGUGAUCAAUUUUUCUGCUCUACUGUAGUUCCACUGUUAAAGUCUCUUUUUCCAAAUCCAGUCUCACCUGCUCAUGUCAUCAGAUGCCUGAGCCCACGCUACAAAUCAGGAAGGGUUGUUUUACAUCAGGUUUCAGUUCACUUGCCUUUUUUGGGCUGUAAGUGACAAUGGGGAGGAUUGGCUGAGCAGUAGGGGGGGAGGUGUUAAGUGGGUUCCCCUCAGGACCUUGAUGUGUUUGAGACAUGGGGGGAAAUGCAAAUGUGAGAAAGAAACUUGCCGACAAAGGUCAUAAUGAAACUGAGCCAGAGAGGAGAGAAAGUCCAGGACAUUGCCACUAUAAUACAAAGGGCUGGAUGCUAACUUAGAACUAUAUAUGCCUCCUAUGAUAGCUGUAUAGCAUUUUGUAAAAGUUUAAGUAGAAGUGGUUAUGAAGGUGAUUUCAAAUAGUUUAAAUACAUAUAUGUGAAUACAAUUUCUACUACAUAGAAUGUAAAUCAGUGUUUUUGGUUCGUUAAAGUAAUAACCUCACAUAUUUGCAUUUAAAUACUAGGAAAUGUCUGUUAACAGAAUACUUCAACCACAAAAUGACCGUUUGUGUUUUAAUUACUCACCGUGUUAGCUUUCUUGCAUGCCUCCUCGGUGACAGAGAAUCCAAAGAUGAACCCGGGGUCAUCAGGUGUUUCAGGUCUUAACUUCAGACACCCUCACCCUGGCGACCCAGCCGGGGAUGAUCAGGCCCCGACACUCAUCACCCCUCUUAAUCCAAAGCCAACGGGAAGCCUUUUCAGCGGCUUCCAAGAUGUUCUUGAUGGCUCUUUGUCGCUGCUGUCCGUGGAUCCCUAAGAGUCCCAGGACCUAGUGUAGACAUUGACCAGUGGGCCUUCCAUCCCUGCCUUCGACACUCUGCCACCAGAGAUGCAUGCUCCAUCCUGUCUACCCAGGGGACAGACAUCAGGACCAUAUCAAGCCUGAGUGUUGUGGCUGUGAUGGUGUCCAGGAACUUCAGCUGCCUACCUAGAUCAACCAGGACCUGCCAAUCUCUUGGUGUUGAGAGCAGACCAUCCAGGGCCUAUGUUCGGGGUUGAGGCUGCAGUAUAAUCCAAGUCUCAUUUAUCCAGUUGUAUACUCAGUACUUCCCAAACACAUUCAUUUUCGCUGAAAUGUUACAUUAUAUAGACACUUCCGCCAACAAGUAGCUCGCCCAGGAGUUGUUGACAAAAUCAUGGAUUUUUAUUGAACAAAAAAAUGCAUGAAAAAUUACAAACCAAGAAAUGAACAACUUGGCCCAUAAAAGAGGUCGCCAUAACAUAACUAUACUCAAUAUAAUAACUAAACAAGGUGUUGACCGAACAAACCGACCUGACUGAGCAUUUGUAGUGGCUUGGCCAAACCAAAUAAUACACAAGGAGUAACAAAAAUGGACAGCAACUUCAACUAAAUACAAAGCAAAACUAGCCAAACCCAAAUCCCCCCCAUGACAUGGCAGCACAUGGUUUGGUCCAAUGAGUUGGCUCCAGGAUUUAAGAGUCCUCAGCCCUCAGCGACGCCUUUUGCUCCACCAGGAACGGACCCCCCAAAUAACCACAGUUGUUUUGCUGUUGUUAAAUACACACCCUGAUUACUUUAAUUCAUGAAGAAUGUUCGCCUUUUUUGGAUUCUCCGUUCACCUUGGAGGCAUACAAGAAAAAUGGCAUCACAAAUUCAAGGUAACACGCAGCGCGUAAUUGAUAUACAAAUGGUCAUUUUGCAGGUGAAGUCUUCCUUUAAGUCACUAUCUAUCGCCAAAUGAAGUAACAGUGGUGACUGAGCCUGCUGCCCAAUGAUUGAACUCCUUGCAUUUGCAGUACAGUGGAGGCCGGUUACAGUGAUCAUAGUUACAAUAGUGAUCAAAAAACUUGGGACAGAAUCACUCCUAUACAAAUGCCGUUGAAAUAUUUGCUUACAGUAAACACGUUGUCUGCUUAUGGUGUCCGUUUUCUUGUCAUACAUGUCAACAUAUGUUUGUUUUUUAAAACACAGUUAUUCCAUUUCUUAAAAACUUUUUACUUUAUUCCCAUGAUCCUUUGCCUCGUGGUGAUCCCUCUGCUUCCGGAUGGCAACAUGAAGCUGGUGCUGUGUGCACAUUGAAACCAUGAUAGGGAAAAGAGUCAUUUUUCUCUCAAUGAAAAAGUCGACUCCAAGCUUACUGCCAAAACAAGCCAACAAGAUGCAGCAGCGAAACAUUUUGUUCCUCAAGUGACCUUGUGUAGGCUACACAAACAACAGGAAACAGUCAUGGCUGCCAGAAAUGGAGACAGAAAAAGAGCACACACAGUGAAAACACCUGUAGUUGAAGCCACCCUCAUCAGGUGGAUUGAUAUUGGUAGUGAAGCUGUCCGUUUCAUUACUUUAUAUUCAAGUAAUUAAUAUACAAAUGUCAACGAGAUCAUAAUCUGCAUGAGAAAUGAAGGAAAAACUUUAGUUACAAUACUUUUCUGACAGAUGUGAUCAUUAUAAGUUUUCCACUGUUCUACAAAGUGGGUGUCUGGUGACAUUCCCAGGAAAAAUUACAAAUGGCAUCAUUAAUCCGCUUCUACACACCUCGAAACAUACAUACAUCCACACACCAAUGCAUACAUAUAUGCACACACACACACACACACACACACACACACAUACCAUCUAUGCUGUGAUAACCCUUUCAUCUCUCCAGCAGCAGGGCUCAUAAAACAAGCUGAUAUAAAUAAAUUCACCAGCCUGGUUUCAAGCUUAAAGUCUGCCAACAAACACACUGCAGUUACCACUUAUCGCCACAGGUGCCACCAGAGAUCUAAGCGGAGAUCUUUGAGAUUGUAACUUUAACCUGAGCUGGUAUUCAUGGCACGUACUGUAAAUGCAAAUGUGUAAGUGUUGGGCCUUGCAAGGCAAUGUGUAGUCCUUUCAAUAAUUUAUUAAAAAAAAAAACAGAAACUGGGGCCAUUAAAUCCAGUUUCCUUCAUGACUUCAGAUGUAAUUUGGAGAGAGUGAGAGAACAGGUGAACAGCUGAUAUUAUUCUAUCCUUGAGGUUUAUUUCUUGAUCCGUGGGUUAAUACUUGGGAACUAAUAUCACUACCUGACUGCUCAACUGCUGCAGGUCUAACAGUGUUGCUCUGCUGCCCCCUGUUGGCUCGAGAUGGUACUGAAUUCUGCACUAUUGAUUAAAAGGAUGAGAGAAUUUGACCUCUCCGACCUUUAGACUUAAAAGUAAGAAACCUUUUUCAUUUUCCCCAAAGACAGCUGUUAAGUCUUGGAAGGCUGACCUGAUCCAGUUAAACUGAAGGUGAAAGUGAGUUUCAACUUAAAUGACACUAACCGUAAUCACACAGCAAACCACUCCCCUCUUCUGCAGGUGUAACAGAAUGAAGAGUCCCAUUUACUUCAUUUAGCGUUUGUGUUCAUCCACAUACACACUGCACAACAUGUUAAGCUCACACAAUAGCAUAAUUAAUAACAAACUGUGAAUCAGUUAAAGGUUUCUGUCUGCAUUUUAGAAAUGUAAACUGCUGAUAAUUUUCAUUGUCCUUUACUGAAUUCAUCCUGUAGAUAUGGAAACCAUUGUGUCUGGAAACUGUUUUGUAUUGUACUGUUUUAUAAAAAAAGAAGAAGAAGAAGCACACUCUUUAUAAAGCAUGCUAUGUUACCCGCUAUGAUGAUGAUGAUAUCUGUGCCCUGUCCCAUGUUUUUUAUAGCAGUCAUCUUCUGGUCACUCCUUACAUUGGCAGUCUGCGAAGUUGAUUGAGUCUCCAAUACACUGUGAAAUUUUGUGUUGCUGUUUUUUUCCUCCCAGGGGUUUGUUAUAUUCUCAUUUUUAUGGAAUCAGUUAAACCAUAUGGACAGAUGUCCCAUCUGCACUACACAUUUAGAUAUACGGUUAUGAUUCACUCAAGUUAAUAUAUGCGGGUACUGCAUAUAUAUGUGGAGCGUUAUCAUUUUCUAUGCAUUCAUCAAAACACAAACGACAAAAAUAAAGGAA